AUGUGGCGAGCUUGUUUUUUUUUGUUGCUCGCCUUGGAUCUUGCAGCAACUCAACUGAAUCUCUUCAACGAGUCUACAGUUUUUGACUUUAUUGAAAAGUCUGCACUGAGUAAUGCUGUUAGUAAAAGGUGCCGUACUGGGCUAAACAAGAUUCAAAAGUAUCUUGACCGAUAUGAUUCAAUAAAGGAACAGAAGACAUUUUUUGCCGGCUCAUAUACCACUGGUGAAUCGGAGCAAUUUCGCAGUCGUGAUCAAGACAGAUGGUUGUUUCAUGCCUUUGAAUGUUUACAAGCUGCUGGAGAAACGACUUACUCAAAAUCAGAGUAUCCACUGCAUUUCUGUUUCGGGUAUAAUGAGGAACGAGAAAAGGAUAUAACGAACAUCGCUUAUGGAAUUUGUAUUCCCAGUGUUUGUUACGAAGAUCGAGGACAGUUGUUGGAUAGAUGGCGGAAAACAACCUCGAAUGCAACUGAUGACCUGGACUAUAUUGGAUGUACUAAAUCUCGUCACGAAAAGCAAUGGUCCACAGCAAUUCAGCUUUUUUUGGCGUUUUCGGCAAAAAAAAAUUUUGCUAAAUUAGUAACGAUGCCGAAAGAUCCACAGUCAACUAUUACCUGUAUGUUUGGUAUGCGGUUUCUUUCAAUGGCUUGGACUCUUAUUGGACAUUCAUUUAUUUUUGUACAGGCAUAUAUGCAGAAUGUUAAUGAAUACAAGGACGAUAUGGUAAAUUCAUUUUUCAACCAGUGGAUUACUAACUUCACUCUGAGUGUUGAUACAUUCUUCGUGUUAAGUGCCACUUUGACUGCCUACAUUUGGUUCAAGAAACUACAUAAAUGCUCCAGCGACGCUGAGCCAACGUGGACAUCCUGGUGUUACUGGCUGCGCUAUUAUCGCCACCGUAUUAUUCGCUUGUGGCCAGCGUAUAUUUGUGCUUUAACGGACAUCACAACUAGAAUUUCCGUACACCAUUACCAUCCUAUGUGGCCACCGACAGACCCUGCUGUUCAAUGCCCAAAAUAUUGGUGGCAAAAUAUUCUUUUUAUCAACAGCAUUCUAGACAACAGGUGUAUGCCAUGGACUUGGUAUAUUGGGACAGAAUUCAUAUUUUAUUUGUUGUCUCCAAUCUUCCUUCUCGCUCUCAAAAGCUCACCAAACGCAGGUAUACUUCUAUCAGUAGCAGUUAUUGCUGCAUCCAGCAUACUCAAUGUCAUCGGUAUGACUCUAUACAACUUCCCACCAACUCAAAUGCUGUGGAAGCAACCUGAACUCUUCAGCGCAGAUUUCAUUCAGCAUCAUCUUGUUAUGUAUAUAAAACCUCACUAUCGGAUCGGUCCUUACAUUGUCGGGCUACUUCUUGGUUAUUAUCUUGCAAAUCUGCAGAAGGCACCUGUGCAAAUUCAACCAACACUCCAAUUUAAAAUAACUGGAUGGUGUCUAGCAUUUAUUGGUGGUUUUUGGUCAUUGUUUGGUCUUUAUCCUUCUCUACAGGGCUGGGACUGGCCAGUUUACCAUCUUGUCUUUGGCGGACUUCAUCGAACAGUAUUUGCACUGGCAAUAAGUUGGCUUAUCUAUGCAUGUCACAAUGGUAUGGGAGGUAUCAUUAAUACCAUUCUUAGUAUGAAAGUGCUCCUUCCGCUCUCUUCAUUGUGCUACUCGGUUUAUCUGUUUCACAUGAUACCUGUCGUUUUCACUUAUUUACUUGUUCCGUUCCCCAUCAUCUAUACGAGUAAGUGGCCGAUAUUCCUACACUGCCUCGCUCAGCUGGUCUUAUCGUAUUUUUUUGGCAUCAUGUGCGCGAUGAUUUCUGAGCUGCCGGCACUGAAUCUUGAAAGAAUUGUUUUUAGCACAGAUCGUAAAGCAGCUCUUCAACCAGUGGAACUUAAAGACUACGACUUACAGUUGAAGAGCAACAGUGCUAAAUAA